CGCACAGCUAUAUUUUCGGGUCCUGCGGCGCCGAGGUCAGCAGGUUGUUUGCUGCGGUGUCUCCUCCAUAUCGUCCUACACCGGCUGUACUCGCUCAUUCCGCAGCUUUUCUUAUCUGUCAAGUUAGUGGGUGUAUAACAAAGAGAAGAAACUCUCGGCAGAAUGGCAGUCCCUCCGGCAUAUGCAGACCUGGGCAAAUCAGCAAAGGACAUCUUCAAUAAGGGAUACGGCUUUGGGCUCGUCAAGCUUGAUGUGAAGACUAAGUCUUCAAGUGGAGUGGAAUUUAAAACAUCAGGCUCAUCCAAUGUCGAUACCAGCAAGGUCACUGGAACCCUUGAAACCAAGUACAAAUGGGCUGAAUAUGGGCUGACGUUCACGGAGAAGUGGACCACGGAAAACACUCUUGGGACAGAAGUUUGUGUCGAGGAUCAGAUCACCAAAGGCCUGAAACUUACAUUUGAGACAACAUUUUCACCUAAUACUGGCAAGAAGAGUGGCAAGGUUAAAACGGCUUAUAAAAGGGAGUACCUUAAUGCCGGUGUUGACGUAGAUUUAGACUUCGCUGGUCCUACUAUUCAUGGAGCAGCAGUGGCCGGAUAUGAGGGAUGGUUGGCAGGCUACCAGAUGACCUUUGACACGGCCAAAUCCAAGAUGACCAAGAGCAACUUUGCUGUUGGUUACAAAACUGGGGACUUCCAGCUCCACACCAAUGUAAAUGAUGGUUCAGAGUUUGGUGGCUCUAUUUAUCAAAAGGUCAAUGAUGACCUGGAGACCGCUGUGAAUCUUGCCUGGACAGCAGGCAACAACAGCACUUCCUUUGGAAUCGCUGCUAAAUACCAGUUAGACUCCAGUGCCUCCAUAUCAGCUAAGGUGAAUAAUGCCAGCUUGGUAGGAGUUGGAUACACCCAGACUCUCCGGCCCGGCAUGAAACUCACCCUCUCUGCACUUGUUGAUGGGAAGAAUAUCAAUGCUGGUGGCCACAAACUAGGUCUAGGCCUGGAAUUGGAGGCAUAAGGAUAAUCUCUGCUACUUCAUAAGAAGAGGAAGGAUUAUCGGCAGAACCUGGCCUUCUGCCUUCCUGUGUGGUCAGCAACGUAUAUUUUAACGACUAAGCCAAAACAAAGUAGAAUCCCCAGGACACAAGCACUGAUGAGAUGGAAACCUUUCCACCUACUUCCUUUGAUUGUGGUUACAAUAAGUAGUCAGUCACAUGUAUUUAUUAAUCAGCUAUUACUCCUUUCAGUAUACCAUAAUAAUAAUUAUAGAAAAACCUUCCACUCGCUGUUGAACAUGAGCUUUUUUUUGAGUUUGACAGUCCAAGAGUGGUUCUCAAAACAAAACCUUGUUCCUUUGCUAAAGUGUGAUCACAUAGAAUGUAAACCUGAGGUGUUAUUUUGCACAGUAGGAUUUUUCCCUUAAUUAAGCUCUUUCUCCUUUUGUUUUAUUUGCACAUUUUAUUUAUAUUUUGGUAGUACUAUGCUGCCUGUGGAAGGGUUACUCCAACAAAAUAUGCUAUGAAGACUGAAGCCAGCCUCCUGGCUGUGCUUUAGUUGUUUUCUUAGAGAAAAUAACUAAAGAGCAGUGUGACUGAUGCUUAAAUGUUCUGACUGAAGAGUUUAGGACCUCUGCUAGCUGCUUCUAAGUUGCAAGGCUAUGCUAAAUACAUUUUUAUUUCCCUCACUGUGGCUUGAGUGACUGAGUGAAUUAUCCACCUUACUUCCCCUUUGAGGACUGUGACACUAAUCAGGGAGCUGUUUGUGUGUUGGUGUGUGUCUACCUUUACAAUAAAGUCCUGAAAUCAAA